AUGGAAUGUGUGUCAACAGUGUCAUACUCUUUAGUACUCAAUGGUGGCCUUACCAAACCUUUUCAAGCCCAGAGAGGGAUUAGGCAAGGGGAUCCAAUGUCACCCUAUCUUUUUGUUAUUGCAAUGGAGGCAGACACAACUUCAGUAAAAAUAAUGCAGGAAGCCUUUAACAGGUUUUCUGCUGCAUCUGGACUGCAGGCUAAUGCAGAUAAAAGCUCAAUGUAUAUAGCUGGUGUUCCACAACAUAUCAAAGAGCUAUUACUUGAUCUUACAGGACUCACAGAGGGAUCUAUUCCCUUUAAGUACCUGGGGAUGCCACUGUCUGCUAAGAAGUUGAAUAUACACCAAUGUCUGCCGCUAGUGGAAAGGAUUACUGAAAGAGUAAACUGCUGGUCAACUAGGAUGCUAUCCUAUUCUGGAAGGAUACAACUUAUUAAAUCUGUGUUGUUUGGAAUUCAAACAUACUGGGCUAAAAUUUUCCUAUUGCCUAAGAAGAUAAUGAAGAUGAUAGAGACUAUAUGCAGAACAUUUCUUUGGACUGGAUCAAAAUGCCAUUUCAAGGAAAGCAUUGAUAGCAUGGGAUAA